AUGAACGGUAUUCAGGUCGACGUUAAUCGUCUUAAGAAGGGCGAGGUGAACUUAGGUACCUCAAUGUGUUUGUUCAGUAUGGCUGUUACUUUCAAAGAUGGUGUGAUACUGGGAGCUGAUUCGCGUACAACUACUGGAGCAUAUAUUGCAAAUCGUGUUACGGACAAACUGACCCGUGUGCAUGAGAAGAUAUGGUGUUGUAGAUCGGGAUCUGCUGCAGACACACAGGCUAUUGCAGACAUUGUUCAGUAUCAUUUGGAUCUAUAUACUGCACAAUACGGUGAACCUUCAACGAAGACAGCUGCUGCAGUCUUCAAAGAGCUGUGCUACGAGAACAAGGAUAAUUUGACAGCAGGAAUAAUCGUGGCGGGAUAUGACGAAAAAAACAAAGGUGAAGUAUACAGCAUACCGCUAGGUGGAUCAAUGCAUAAACAAAAAUACGCGAUCGCGGGCUCUGGUUCUACUUUCAUAUACGGAUACUGUGACAAGAAUUUUAAAGAUGAUAUGACAAAGGAUGAGACAGUAAAUUUUAUGAAGAACUCACUUUCACAAGCUAUUAAAUGGGAUGGAUCGUCUGGUGGUGUGAUUAGAAUGGUUGUCUUGACCAAGGAGGGUGCCGAACGUUUGAUUUUCUAUCCAGAGGACUAUGAAAAAUUGUAA